CGCGCCCCUCGCCGCGCCCGGCCAACUUUGAACACCCUGCCCGCCUCCUCCCCGACCUCCCCCCCCCCCGGCAGCCCCGCUCCGGGCCGGCCCGCCCGCCGGGCCCGCGUGAGGCGGGGAGGAAGGGGCGGCUGCGGGGCCGGCCCGGCGGGAGAGCGGCCGCCGCCUAUGAGGGCGCCGCGGGGCCGGGGGAGCCAUGGACGGCGGCGGGGACCCGCCCGCCCUGGAGAAGAACGCGGCGGAGCUGACGGUGAUGGAUGUCUACGACAUCGCCUCGGCCGUGGGGCAGGAGUUUGAGCGGGUGAUCGACCAGCACGGCUGCGAGGCCAUCGCUCGCCUGAUGCCCAAGGUGGUGCGGGUGCUGGAGAUCCUGGAGGUGCUGGUCAGCCGGAACCAGAUCAACCCCGAGAUGGAAGAGCUGCGCCUGGAGCUCGACCGGCUGCGCCUGGAGAGGAUGGACCGCAUCGAGAAGGAGAGGAAGCACCAGAAGGAAUUAGAACUGGUGGAGGAUGUCUGGAGAGGGGAAGCACAGGACCUUCUUACCCAGAUUGCACAGCUGCAGGAGGAGAAUAAACAACUGAUGACAAACUUGUCUCACAAAGACAUUAAUUUCACAGAAGAGGAAUUUCAGAAGCAUGAAGGAAUGUCAGAGAGAGAGCGGCAAGUCAUGAAGAAGUUGAAGGAAGUGGUAGAUAAACAGAGGGAUGAAAUCAGAGCGAAGGACCGGGAACUUGGACUUAAAAAUGAGGACGUAGAGGCUCUUCAGCAGCAGCAGAACAGGUUAAUGAAGAUUAACCACGACCUGCGCCACCGGAUCACUGUGGUGGAGGCUCAGGGGAAGGCGCUGAUCGAGCAGAAGGUGGAGUUAGAAGCAUAUCUGCAAACCAAGGAGCAGGAGAUGGGCAACCUGAGAGCAGAGCUGGGGAAACUGAGAGAGAAACUGCAGGGGGAGGACAACCAGAACGGGGAGGAAGUAAAGACAGAACCAAACAAUGAUGACUGCCUCUCAGAGUCAGAAAAGAUGGCAAUGGACUUAAAAGAUCCCAAUCGUCCAAGAUUCACGCUGCAGGAGCUCCGGGAUGUCCUGCACGAGAGGAAUGAAUUAAAAUCUAAAGUAUUUUUACUUCAAGAGGAGCUUUUAUAUUACAAAAGUGAGGAAACAGAAGAAGAAACUAGAACCCCUCAACCUACUCCCAUAAUUCAGCCAAAACCCUCAACUCAGCCUGAGUCUGGAAUCAAACGACUGAUCUUUACAGCCAUAAUGCCCAUGGUAGCAGCUGGAUUGAUUCCAGACGAUCCCACAUUGCAGCCAAUAAGAAGACUUGUGUCCCUUGUUUAGUUUCUUCUCUCGUGAUAAGAAACGUAUGCAGGCAUCCCAGAGAAAUGUCCACUUCCAGGAUACUUUUGGAGAAUGGUCAAACUCAAAUAGAGAUGACACUUACACCGAACAAGGACAAGAAGCCCUGCAGCACCUGUGACUAAAACCUCGAGGUGUUCACUUUACUGCAGUAGAUUUUUGACAGUCUAGUAACAAGAAGCUUCUGUAAACAAAUCUGGCAGCUCAUCACUUUUAUUUGCCCUGCACACCUCAGUGGCUGUGUUUCAGAUGUACUCAAAAGGGGUCCCUCCCUGUUCACUUCGUGACUUGUUUGCUGAAAACAGAAUCCAAACUCUGUCAAAACAGUCACUGAUGCCCUGGGACGUGGAAGCUUCUAGAUGACUUGUUUUGUGCUGAAUAACAAGUCUAUGGUCUUGUUCAUGCAUUAACUACAGUAACACAAGCUUCUUUAAACCAAAAAAAAGGACCUGUGCCAUUAUUAGAGGUUUGUUUGCAGUGUACAAUAUCUAGUGGCGGAGACUCUUCUUCCCUGUUUAACACUACUGGUUGCUUGCUUUUUUUUUUCUGUAAGAGUUUUUUCAAGAGGGAUAUGACAGCUGGCCCCUCUCCAGGGCAGGUCACAGCACUGCUGUGUCCUGUCAAGUUCGGCUGGUGUCAAACCACUUGGAAAUCACCUGACGCAAAUGGAUAAACUGGAGUAGCCUCGAGAGGGACAGUGAGUGUACAUUUCCCUUGCUGCUUAUAGUGCCUAAAGCAUGAAGAAACCGACGUAUGAGGGGUGCGUGCCUUGCGUUUUGCCAUGAGUUCUGCAGUAUUAAUGGAAAGCAAAUUGCUUAUGAGGAGGAAUUCUAACACUUGAGUUUCUUCCUUCUUACCAGGGACUUCCCCCUAGAGCAGCAGACAGCUGCUGUACAGGAAUUAGGUCUCUUUCCCACAGACAGGUUUUUAAUUAAGUCACACUCCACUUUUCUGUCUACAUAAGACACGUCUGUCUACAUACUGCCUGGCUUCAGAGCAAAAGACAUCCUCAACUCGCUGACGUAAACUGUGUGAACUGACUUAGAGGUUAUGUUUUCUGACUAGUCUCAACACUACCUGGGCAGAGCAAUUCACUCCAUCUGCAGGCUGCUUCACUGGUGUUGGUUGAUGUUUGGGUGGCCUGCAGUCACAGGGGCUUACCUUCACAGCAAAAGCCCAGCAUAGCUGAGCUGCCAAGAGGGGGGAUUUCAAUCUUCUUUGCAGUUGAGCUUGCAAGACCUCAGCUGCACUUACAAUAACCACAACACUAAAGCCCCAUGAGGUGUAACUGCUGUGUACAGUUUGGGGUUGGCACACACUCUGCCUCUGCACCACAGGCUCCAGCAGGGCACCUGGCCAGGGGGAGGGUGAACACAUCCAUGGCUUCUGGUAAGGGAGGUGCUGAGGUCAUUUGUGAACUUGGCUGUACCUGAGCGAGUCUGUGGAGCACAAGAGCUGCUGGUAGGGAGCGUCUAGUUACAGGGCUGAAGGCAACUUCUGCUCAUGUAGCUCAGAGCAGGGGGCUGUGAGCUGCUGUUGGCUGUUUACCCCCAACAACUACAUCUGCUUGGCUUAGAGCCUCUUCUCAGGAGUGGCACCAGGAACAGGAAACAGUGCUCAGGCUGGAGUAAAGCUCCAACUACUCCAAACACUGAACACAGGAGGAAACCUCAAAGGACUAGAUGAGGGCAACCUGGAGGGUUUAAUGCAGGGCAGUUAUCGAUGCAGGGUGGUCCAAGACUGGAUUCUUCAGUGUAUGAGCAGCGAAUGGUUCUUAGCCCAUCUCUAGUGAAACUGUGCCAGAAACCAUUCUUGGCAGUGGUGGGCUGAAUGCUGCUCUGCCCCUGACUGUCACUGUGCUUCAUUUUGAAUAUGGACCUUCCACAUCUUCUAGUUAGAGAAAGUGUUUACUGUGCCUCCCUGGUGUCACUGCAGUUCAGGUCAGGGAGGAAAUGUGGCCUUACAUGAAAGACAUCUGCGUUGGAAACAGUGAUGGUAGCAUUUGAUGUCAGUAUUAGGCAAAUACACUUUUGCCUGGUUACAUUUUGGUAACAUGUCUUAAAGUUUCAGGCUCGAAGGAAGCUGUAUCCAUAGAGCAGUGGCACUUCCCCCCCUCCUUCUGUGUGAAAAGCAAUUCUUAAAGGGGGGGGAGUGUCUUAAUUUAAUGAUAAUCAAGUUGCUAAGAUCUCGACUUCACUUUCAUAUUAGAAAAAAAAGAAUUACACUACAGUUAUAUCAGGCAGUUAAAGUAAAUCGUGAGUGAAGCCUGUGGAGUCACUCAUUGGGCACAUGUAGGAGCGAUGCAGUGAUCAGAAACAAUGCAAGGAUGCAGCAGAUGCACGGCCUGAGUAAGCACAUCUCGUCUGAAAUAGCUGAGAGCAAUGAGCUGAGAUAACAAAGACCAAACCGGUUUUCCCCAGCCCCUAAGCUGCUGCUUUACAAAGGAUCCCCAGCCUAGUGCACAUAAAGCUCGUCCCCCAUUGUCAGGUCAAAUCUGCCGCCUGUUCAAACACUGGGAGUGAGUGGUGCAGCCUCCCCCUCUCUUCCUGUAGCCCAUUACCUCAAAAAUCUAAUUAGUUACUCCUGACCUGCUAGCAUUAACCACUCCACUCCUCGUUCCCAUGCUAAAAAUGCCCGAGUUUAUACACUCCAAGUGUCACCAGGAAGGAUGGCCUGUAGGAAAGAGUAUGUAAAAAUUUGAAGAUCUGUCAUGUAUUGUUUCUCAAUAUUCAAGUAAAAUCUGCUUUUAGAAAAGGGGUCAGGAUGUUGCCAGGUAAGGGGCAUAAUAAUCCUGUCCACAACGUGCAGGAUCACUGAAGUUUUUCUGGGUUGUUUUUGUUUUGUUUUGUUUUUGUUGGGCAGCGAAUAAUUUUAACAGUUUAAUAAAUAUUUCUGAAAAACA